AAAGCAAGCAGAGAAAGCGCGUCGCCGCAUGCGUGUUCUCUUUCUUGACGCGGUUUAACGCGAUACACUAACCAGCUGUGUCUUCACAAACUUUUUUAUCCAUUCAAGUACACGCUGGACUACGACGCCUCAUGAGCUCUUCGACUCAGGACCCAACAGCGGCAGUAGAACGCGCGAGGAAACUACAAAGUUCCCUAGAGAAUGCUAACCUCAAUCUGGUGAAGUCGCGUCAACUGUUUGAUACUCGUGUCUCUGCAGAAGACAGUGGACUCAACCUUUCUCUUGCACCGGGGGAGAGUGCGGGUCUAGUUGAUCCUGCGGUAGCGUCGACGGACUUAGCAGCGCAAUUGUCAUUCUUCCGAAAACUGAAGUUCCAAUAUUUGGAACAUAAAGCUAAGAACCAGUAUAUCAAAAUCAUCGUCAGCGAUGAUGCCCCGGAUAUCAAGGCUGCGGAUAAUGAGCAGCUCAGACAAGUGAACGAGAAGAAGAAAGAAAUUUUAAAAGAGGCAAAGUUGAGAUUGGCGGAGACUCAGGGGAAUGUGCAGAAGCUGGCACCUCUGGUAGAAGAAGAUUAUGUGAAAGCGAGGGCUCUGACAAACGAAGCAGCUUCGCUCGCUCAGCAGAUACUUGAUGCAAAGCUUCAGCUUAGUCGUCUGCGACAAAUACAUCCUCACCCUCGCCUCACGAUCGCUGGCGCGACGGCGCAAGCCGAUGCUCAGGACGAGCAGAUGCAAUCAUUAGAAGAUCAACUUCAACUUUUCAAUGAGAAGAUUGAGGACGUGAAGGGGAAGGUAAAAGAGGGUGCAAGGCAUGUAGAGAGGUUGAGGAUGGAAAGGGCGGAGGCCGAAAAGCAGGUCAAAGCCUGCAAGAAUGAAGUGGAUGAUGGUAGGGUUAUUGGAUUAUACGACUGGUACACGGCGUCGCUUAAACUCCAUAAAGAGCUCUUUUCUUUGGAGUCUCAUCAAGCGCCGUCUGAAAACGAGCUUGUACUGAUAUAUUCUCUCGAUACACCCAACAAUACCAAGAAGCGCGUCAUCGUAAAACUCCUCUUCGUACCGAACACAAGACAACUUGCUGAAGUCGAAGUGGAGGGGAUCUCAGCCGCCGUGGAGGAAGUGGUGGGCAUGCAUAUACAGGCAAAUGACGUUUCGGGCUUGAUUGCUGCGCUUCUGGCUCUAGCGAGAGCAGAGGCAUGAGUCGGGCUUAUAAUAUCCUUCCCCUACUUGUUGUCCUAUCGCAAUCCGCUGUUUUGUUUGAUUCAUUGAUGUAUCCGUAGACUUUUGUAGCAUAGACAUACCGUUCUGUACAAUUGUCAUGAUUGUGCUAUAGCCUGUAAUAAAUACCCUUUAUGUGCUCGUCCGAAUAGCAACGAAGCGCAUUUAAACCUGCAGUAGUACUCUCCGCUCGAGCAGAACGUCGGCCUUUAUUUGGACGGCUCCUUCCGAAUGGAGGAAACUUCUCAACAGCCUUGUACAACAGAAACAAACAUCUUUCGACCUC